GCUUGAUUCAGAAAACACAAACAAGCUGCAGCAGAAUUGGCUCCUUAGGUAGAAGAUGGGUAUGGAAGCUGCCACAAACAAUCACCCCCACCACCACCAAGUCUUUGAUGUCUCCAUGGACGUCGUCCCUCAAAAUGUUUCCAAAUGCUUCGAUGACGACGGCCGCAUUAAACGAACCGGUACUUUAUGGACUGCAAGUGCUCAUAUAACAACAGCAGUGAUUGGAUCCGGAGUGCUUUCUCUAGCAUGGGCAAUUGCUCAGCUCGGCUGGAUUGCCGGUCCGGCAGUCAUGUUAUUGUUUUCUUUUGUUAGUUACUAUACAUCUUCACUUCUCACCGAGUGUUAUCGAACCGGUGAUCCUGUUUCUGGCAAGAGAAAUUAUACUUACAUGGAGGCUGUUCGCUCCAUUCUUGGUGGGUUUAAGGAAAAAGCAUGUGGAUUAAUUCAAUACAUGAAUCUUUUUGGGAUUGCCAUUGGUUACACCAUUGCGGCAUCUAUAAGCAUGAUGGCAAUAAAAAGAUCUAAUUGUUUCCACCAGAGUGGUGGAAAAAAUCCAUGUCACAUAUCCAGCAAUCCAUAUAUGAUCAUGUUUGGCAUCACGGAAAUUCUAUUUUCUCAGAUUCCUGACUUUGAUCAGAUAUGGUGGCUCUCCAUUGUAGCUGCAAUCAUGUCGUUCACUUACUCUGCGAUUGGUCUUUCUCUGGGAAUUGCUAAAGUUUUAGCCACCAGAACUUUCAGAGGAAGUCUCACCGGAAUUAGUAUCGGAACUGUGACUCAAACCCAAAAGAUGUGGAGGAGUUUCCAAGCUCUUGGUGAUAUAGCCUUCGCCUACUCAUUUUCCGUUGUUCUCAUCGAGAUUCAGGACACAAUCAGAAGCCCACCAGCAGAAUCAAAGACGAUGAAGAAAGCAACAAAAAUAAGCAUUGCGGUAACAACAGCUUUCUACAUGCUUUGUGGGUGUAUGGGAUAUGCAGCUUUUGGCGACUUCGCACCAGGAAAUCUCCUCACUGGUUUUGGUUUCUACAACCCAUUUUGGAUCCUCGACAUAGCCAAUGCCGCCAUUAUCGUCCACCUCGUCGGAGCAUAUCAAGUUUUCUGCCAGCCGAUUUUCGCCUUCGUGGAGAAAUGGGCAGGAGAAAAAUGGGCAGAAAACUAUUUUAUCACGAAAGAAUUGAAAUUCCCAUUAAUCCCAGGCUGUGGAACAUAUAAACUGAAUCUGUUCAGACUGGUUUGGAGAACAGGGUUUGUGGUUUUGACGACGGUGAUAUCAAUGUUGCUGCCGUUCUUCAACGACGUCGUAGGGAUUCUGGGAGCACUCGGGUUUUGGCCAUUGACAGUUUACUUUCCAGUGGAGAUGUAUAUUGAGCAGAAGAAGAUAGAGAAAUGGAGUACGAGGUGGGUGUGUCUGCAAAUGUUGAGUGCGGCUUGUCUUGUAAUCUCGGUUGUGGCGGGUGCUGGUUCUAUUGCAGGAGUUAUGCUUGACCUAAAGGUUUACAGGCCCUUCAAGACAAGCUACUGAUUUUAUAAAUAAAAAAAA